AUAAUGUCAUUCGGCCCAGCUUCGCUUUCACAGUGCCACUCCUCUCUCUGGAUGCAUCGCUUGUAGAAAGGGCAAUCGGUGAACGAAUCCAACGAAGAAAAACCACAAAAAUGAGUAACGAAACCCCCAAACUCUACGUUCACAAGCCUAAGAAAGCUCAACUGAAGAAACAUCUGCAACAACAAUCGCGAUCUUCACCGUCGCCGUCACCGGCACCGGUAACGGCGUCAUCUUCCUCAUCAAUGGCUAGUCAAUCUACUGCUUCUUCGUCUUCGCGUGUUCCUCCGACGCCGCCGAAGGAGUCACUUGCACGCCGUUAUAAGUUCCUCUGGCCGCUUCUUCUUGCCGUUAAUUUUUCAGUCGGAGCUUACCUUUUCAUGAGAACAAAGAAAAAGGAGAGCAUAGAGGAAGAUGCGGCUGCUGUUACAUCUACUCCCACAUCUGCUGUUUCAACUGCUGCAGUUAGUGAUACAUCAACGUUCCACCCUGUUGUUAUGGAGCCCGUGAAAGUACGUGAACCGAUACCAUUGGAUCAACAACGCGAGCUUUUCAAGUGGAUAUUGGAGGAAAAAAGGAAAAUAAAGCCAAAGGAUCCUGAAGAGAAAAAGAAAAUCGAUGAAGAAAAGGCCAUUUUGAAACAAUUCAUCCGAGCAAAGUCCAUCCCGCCAAUUUGAAAUUCAAAUCAUGUGUUGGAUUUUCUUCAUUUACAGUUUGUACAUUUUAGUUUUUGUUUAGGAUUAUGUUGGGAUAUGCCGAUAUGGCCAUAUUUUCCUCGGUUGGGUACUAUUAACCUUGGACAUUCGUCUUUGAUUUCUUAUAAAGGCAUAACAAUGAAUCGGUGAUGAUGACAAUUAUCGUUUUGCAUGUU